GUAACAUCCCGGAGUCGCGUUGGCGUUUUCUGAAGGGGCGACGGGAGAAGGAACAACGGCAAUGAUGAUGCGCUAAAAUCCUGACGGACACAAACGCGCUGGAGAUGUUCAGGUUUAUUUGCCAUGGAAACAGAAAUGUCACCAAAAUUCUCUUCAAAAGAUGAGGAGAUUGACUACUGGAAGUCCUUGUCUCUCAAGUACAAGAAGAGUUAUCAGGAGGCCCAUGAAGAGCUCUUGGAGUUCCAGGAAGGCAGCCGUGAGCUCGAGGCAGAGCUGGAAACUCAGCUGGGGCAUGCAGAGAACAGGAUCCGAGACCUCCAGGCGGAUAAUCAACGGCUGAAGAGCGAGGUGGAGGUACUGAAGGAGAAGCUGGAGCAGCAGUAUGCCCAGAGCUACAAGCAGAUAGCUAUGCUGGAGGAUGACUUGGGCCAGACAAGAAGCAUCAAAGAGCAACUCCACAAAUAUGUUCGGGAGCUGGAGCAAGCCAACGAUGACUUGGAGCGGGCUAAGAGAGCAACAAUAGUAUCCUUGGAAGAUUUUGAACAGCGUCUGAACCAAGCUAUUGAGAGGAACGCCUUCUUGGAGAGUGAGCUGGAUGAGAAGGAGUCUCUCCUGGUUUCAGUGCAGAGGCUAAAGGAUGAAGCUAGAGAUCUGCGGCAGGAACUGGCUGUCCGGGAGCGAAAUGCAGACAUUACCCGAAUGUCAGCACCAAGUUCACCCACCCUGGACAUUGACAAGAUAGACUCCGCUGUGCAAGCAUCACUCUCCCUCCCAGCGACACCUGUUGGCAAGAACAUUGAGAAUGCCUUUGCCAGUUCAAAAGCUCUCUCCAAUGGCUUUGGCAACUCCCCUCUGACACCAUCAGCAAGAAUCUCAGCCCUCAAUAUUGUUAGUGACCUUCUGAGAAAAGUUGGGGCUUUGGAGUCCAAACUGGCGGCCUACAGGAACUUUACUAAGGACCAGGCAGCGAGGAAGACUUAUGGCAAUGGGAGCCUGAUCAACAGCAAUGCUGCCAAGUUCUCCCAUUCGCUCCACACCACUUACUUUGACAAAGCGGCGGUGAACGGGCUGGAUCCUACCACGCUGGCAACCAUCACCUCUGCCCCAAGAACAGCGUCACCACCUGGUCUACUGCCACUGAGUGUGUGACAGAUCCUUGCCUUGACCACAACCUCUUUGAAAUGACAUGGACCAGUGUAAGGUGGUCAGGCAGCGCUGAAUAUAUGUACAUAAUAUGUAUUUAUUUGUGUGUGUGUGUGCGUGCCCAUGCAUGCAGCUUGGUGCCUGUGUAUGCGUGCUUGUGUGACAAGACGGGACCAGCAAUGAUCCACUUUCAAGAGCCUCCCUCCAUAUAUACACACAGUGCACAAUCCCUGUGUCAGUUUUUUUUGCAAGUAGUCAGACAAGCAGCUGGCAGCGGCCUGUUUGUUUCCACAUAUUUGCACAAUUGAUAUUUGGACACUGUUCACAGUAGAUUUAAUGAAAAUUGUGUUAUGUCUGAUUAGGUUUUUUUUUUUUUCUUUUUCUUUCCGUUACCGACUAAGGGUCUGUGUGUGCGCACGUCUAUGUGCAAAACAAAAGUCCGUCCUGUGAACAGACACACCUCGCAGCCCAGCAUUAGCUGUCAGUUCUGCACUCUGUAACAUCCUGGCAGAUAGUAGACCUUGAGUGGUGACUUUGGUGUCAGUGUUAAAUAUAUCGAAUGAACUCCCUGGUAAGAUAUCAUGUGCAUCACAAGUCACCUUGUAGCACGGUCAUAAAUACUGAAAGCUACACAGAUUUACUUUUUGCUACUAUUUGAAAACAUUAUACAAUUCCCCCCCCCCCCCC